AAGUGGACUACUGAAACCAUGCAACCAGUUCCAUUCCAGCCUCUCAUCUCAGGCACCUUGAUUCAACAAGUAAAUUUGAUGAUGCUACAGUCCUACUUUUCAACAAUUCCAAUUUUCCUACUCCUGCUUGUGUUUCCUCAAACUAAAGCUGAUCUACACUCAGAAAAGCAAGCUCUUCUUGAUUUUGCUGCUGCACUUCAUCAUGGUCCAAGAGUCAAUUGGAACUCUAAUACCUCAAUCUGCACUUCAUGGGUGGGAGUUACAUGUAGUCAUGAUGGGUCCCAUGUGCUUUCUGUGAGGCUUCCAGGUGUGGGACUGCGCGGUUCUAUCCCACCAAACACACUUGGUGUAUAUGAAAAAGAAAGCUUAUCAAAUGAUGGAGACUAAGAAGAAGUACCAAAUGAUGGAGACAAUGAAGAAGUACCAAAUGAUGAAGAUAAUGAAGAAC